AUGAGCGUUGGGACCUUCCGUGGAGAGCUCACGCUUUGGCAGAUGCUGCUUCGGGGUUCCUCCCGCUGGAGCACCUUUGGUGACGUGAAAGUGGAGGACAGUGAAGCCACAUUGUGCGAGCACCUGGGCGAUGCAGUUCUACGGCUGAGACAUCUAGGUCAUGCCGAUGGAGUGGUGGUGCUGAACCGCGACUCAAUAUCUCGACCUCAGGGUGACCAUGGGCUCUCGGAUGUAAGAUCAGUCCAGAAACAGAGCCCUUCUCCAGACCCUGAACUGCAACGAGUGACCUUGCUGGAAAGCAUUUGGAAACCGGAGGUUUUAAUUGGAUGGCGAGUAAGAGUCGACGGCUUUGGUGAGGGGAUCGUGACUGCGGUUAGAAGACGCCGACUGCGAUCGACACUCUUCUCCAUCUCAGGCACAGAUCCCUCGAAGCUGCUUCAGCAAACGGAGAUUCCUCUUCAUAGGCAAGGGUCGAUGCUUCCUUGGGUGAAUGGCCAUAGGUUCGACCUUGUGAGGAAAGAGUGA